UAUCGGGGUUCAUUAAAGUAAAAUCUAAAACGUCAGCAUUUGUUAUUGUCUCAUACAAUUAUUAAACUUUAAAAUAGUGAAUUAAAUAUAAAUUGAUUAUGGGUGAUAAGAAGACGAGUCCGUUGGACAUAAACGGGCAAAAUUUCAACGCCAACAUGUACCUUGAAAAGUUAUUCAAGGAAAACAACCUGAAACAAGUUAUGGAUCAUGAAACUGAGAUCGUGAAAGAUACACAAACUCUUCAUUCCGAUAUGCAAACAUUGGUCUAUGAAAAUUACAACAAAUUCAUCUCAGCAACUGACACCAUCAAGAAGAUGAAGAAUGAUUUUAAACAAAUGGAGGCAGAAAUGGACCUGUUGGCAUCCAACAUGGAUUCAAUCACAUCCUUCUCAGACCAGAUAAGUUCCACUUUAAGUGAUACCAGACAACAAAUUAGUAAACUAUCAGGUACUCAUACAUUACUGAAAAGACUGCAGUUUCUUUUUAAAUUACCAGCAACAUUAAAAACCAGAAUGGAAGAGAAAGAUUUUACUAAUGCUGUAAAAGAUUAUCUGCAUGCACAGAGAGUAUUGCAACAGUAUGGUGCAAUGCCUUCAUUUCAAGGCAUUCAAACAGAUUGCGAUUUGAUUGUAAAAGAACUAAAAGAGGAAUUGCGUCGCCAAUUCUCGAAUCCAAACGCAUCCGCUAAAGAACUAGCGACCUCAGUUGAUUUACUACUGCAAUUAGAUGAGCCUGCUAAAGAAUUGUGCAUGGAAUUUUUAUCUUGUUCAGAAAAACGUCUGAGUGAACAGCUUGUAAUGCUAAGAGACCAAAGUGAAGAGAGAGAUAUUACCGAAUUCGUUGAUUUGGGUUGCUCUGGCUUCCUGAGUGAUCUUUGUUUGAUGGUAGCUUCAUUUCACGACAUGUUCAUAAACAGAAUGAACACUGAUAACAUUGAAAACAGUGAGAUUUUCGAAAAUUUCGCUGCGACCGAAAUGAAUUCGUUCAUUUUGCAAAACAUGAAUCGAUAUUUUGAUCUUAUGCGGACUAAAGUUGAGAUGGAGCAAGAUGUCGGCGAUACGAUUGUCAUAGUAAAAGCUUUAGAUCGUUUCUAUCGCAGAUUACAAGCUAUGAAUACGCUAUGCAUAAAUGUUGACUUUGAAAGCAGCGGAACUGAUAUUGUCAUCAAUGCUGGUAAGAAACAAGCAAAGGGACACUUGCAAGUAUUAAAACUUUACUUUGCUGAGAGUAUUACGAAAGUACGACAAAGCUUAGCCAGUCAGAAGAUUCUCAAUCAAGAAGAGAACUCAAAGAAUCUCACCGAGUUGUUAAGCUCGUUGAUUAUGACAACUGUCGAAAAAAUUAAGGGCGUUCUUCAGGAUUUAGUUGUGUUUAUUCAACCUGAAGUACAUUUUGGACAGAAAAAUAAGUUUAGGGAUAGUUUUUGUGUGGAUAAUGUACGAGAAGGUUUGAUUGUAUGCUUUCUACAUCAUAUUACUGCAACAGCGAGGAGUUUUUGUUCGAAUAAUGUCUCGGAUCCAAAAGUGCCGCCGACAUUAUUGUUACUUCUGUCGAAGUUUUGCGUUGAUUUUCAGAAUGGUAGCGUACAUUAUUUGUUGUCACAAACUGAUGAAUUAUUUCACAUAAAUCCGAAAUCAUCAUCUGCGCUUACAACUGAAAACGAAUUGAACACUUCAAUGCAAGAAUCCGCUCAGGAAUUGUUGAAUUAUUUCGUUAGGAUUCAAGGAUUGAAUGUUUCACAGAUGUUAAGAAAAAGUGUGGAGACUCGUGAUUGGCUUCACACAAUUGAACCUCGUACAGUGCGUGCGGUGAUGAAGCGCGUUGUUGAAGAUAUCGCCGCUAUUGAUAACACUGUCGCGCUGCUUUAUGAAGAUCAAGGCACCGCAACUGAACACAGCAGUGAUUCUAGUCGCAAAACUCACAGUAUUUCCGUAUCGAAACAUCAAUUCCGAUCAAAUUGGUCCACCUACACUCCAAAUCAUUUAGAUUCCACUCUCGUAUCCAAUAUGCACAAGUUAUUCAGUGAGAGGAUUGAGAUAUUCAGCACAGUGGAACCGAAUAAGAUAUCUAUAUUAACUGGUAUUAUUAAAAUAAGUCUGAAGACUUUUAUGGAGUGUGUGAGGCUGAAAACGUUCAGUAAAUACGGAUUGCAACAGAUUCAAGUGGACACACAUUAUCUGCAGCUUUAUUUGUGGAGAUUCGUCGCUGACGAGAAUUUGGUACACUUUUUACUCGAUGAAAUUCUUGGGUCUGCUGUUCAUCGCUGUUUGGAGCCAGUUUUGAUGGAACCGAGCGUCGUUGACAUUAUCUGUGAGCGUGGAUAAAGUUCAUCAGGUUUGUUUCGACAAGAUCACGACACAGCUCCAUGCCUGGACGUUGGGCACGAUUUCCCAUUCUGGUGUGUGCCAGGGCCAUGUAACCCUCUUUCUCAGAAAGGGAGAUUUCCAGUUGGGUUAUUGUGCGUCCCACUUCGUUUAUCUGACGCACAGUCUGAAAAUUUGAUGGUAAAAAAACAUUUUUAUUAGUUAUUUACAUGUAAACACUUACUUCAGCAUGUUGUAUCUCCAUUUUGUAUUUGGACUCUUUUGUUUCUUCAAUGCGACUGCGGAAUGCUUCAUUAACAACGUCAUAUUGAUUCUUUAAAUCUUGCAUUCCUUGAUUAAUAAUCAUAUCGAUAUAGACGACUAACAUUCGAGAACUGUUUAUUUCUCUCGCUCCACGUUCAAUGUUUUCUUUUGAGAAAAGCUGCCAUUCUUCCAUUGUAAUGGUCCUAAGUUUACAAAAUAUUAAAUCAAAAAGUAAAAUAAUAUGUCUAAUAAUUUCUUACGCUGGGUCUAAUGGUGCAUGUCCAUGAUACAUGCUCAACUGAAGACUUUUUUCAUCCAGUCCCAAAUUAUGCCCGUCUAUUUUAAGCACAUUUACUUUAUCCUCAAGAUCUCUGUCCAUGAAAUAAACAGUACUUCUCAAACGUCUAAGUUGCUCCUGAGUUUGUUCCAAAUUUUUGGAGAUUAGCAACUGAAUUCCCGUCAACAUCUCGCGUUCCUUCAGCAGUUCCUGUUCGACCAUAUCGUGACACAAGUCAAUCCCCAGACGUCCUUCUCGAAGGAUAAUACAUUUCUGGCAGAUAUUGGUACAUUCUUUCAUCAGAUUCAGACAGUCCCUGAUACGAUCCGCGUACAUUACCAAGCUGUCUUUUUCAUUAACUACCGCACGGCGUUGUUUAUCGAUUUCAUUUCGCAUGAAUUCAAUCUCAUCGAUCUUUUGUUGCAGAUUGUGAUCGACUUCUCGCUUGUUCAUUGAUGUAAUUUCACAUACUUGCGUGUUAGUCUAAAAACAGUUCUUUAUUUACUUAAAUCUUUAAAUAUUAAUAAAUUAUUUACUCUAUCACAUUCUGCAAGGAUUUUAUCGGCUAAUUGCUGCUGGUCCUGGCAAGUUCUAUACUUCAAUCGAUUGUUCAAGUGCCAUUCUCCCAAUGAAAACCUAGAAAUACAAAAUUAUAUUUAAUUAAAGUUACAUGAAGCAUAUUUUAUACCUGGGUGGCGGAGGUGGAAUUACCACGACGUGUUCAUUUACUAAAUUGGUUAAAGUCAUUGUUGGUUUAUUGUAAACGCUUGUCUUCGGUCUUUCGCAAUUCAUGGCUGUAAAAAUAACAAUAAGUUUUAUAAAAUAUCGGUUUGAUGUGUGACAAUUCAAUUGAUGCCAAAAAUGUAAAUAA